UGUGUAUGUUCAGUUCAAUUGUAUGUGUAUAACUAUACAUAUAUAUGUUGAAGAAAGGCCAGCAGGAUCAGCUUUCUGAGCAAACUGGUGGGGAUACAUCUGUAAAACCUAUCUCUUAUAAAUUCUUUCAUUAAUAAUCGUUGCAGUUUCCUGAAGCAGUGUCGAGUAUGAAGUAUUUAAUAUCAGGAAUCUUUCUUUGUGCUAUUGGCCUCUCAUUAGGCGAUGUGGAGUCGGAAUUUAAAAAGGCGAAAAUCGAGCCUGACAUUAUAGAUAAGGCACCAAUCGAGAAGAUCGAGGUAAAAUAUGGUGGUAAGGUGGUCGAUUUGGGAACCGAGCUAACGCCAACUGAAACUCAUGAGAUACCUGAGAUACAUUAUAAACAUGAAGGCGGAGUUUUGUACACACUCGUUAUGACAGAUCCUGAUGCGCCGAGAAGAGGAGGAUAUAACCGAGAAUUCCGACACUGGCUCGUGGGAAAUAUACCGGAGGAAAAUAUAGCAAAAGGCGAAAUUCUAGCAGAAUAUGUUGGCCCUGCUCCGCCGAAAAAUACUGGGAAACAUCGCUACGUGUUUCUCAUUUAUAAACAAAAUCAAGGCGCUAUUACUUUUGAUGAAAGAAGAUUGAGUACUUGGGACGGAAGUCAACGAAAAAGAUUUUCUAUAAAAAAGUUUGCAGAAAAGUAUAACUUGGAAGGUCCAAUUGCUGGUAACUUUAUGCUAGCAGAGUACGAUGACAAUGUACCUCUCUAUCAUAAGCGUCUGAAUCUUUGAUCAUUCAAUAUAUAUGAUAAUAGAUUAAGCUUUAGAUAAAUACUAGUAUAUAAAAUAUGAAUUUCAUAUAUUAUCUUAAACCUUGCUAUUGGUACCUUUAGGAAAUUUUUUGGAAAAUAUAAAAUAUUUUACUAUUUUUUAAAAUUAUAUUAUAAGAAUGCUGUACUACAAUCUAUUUGUUGUUUAAAAUGAAAAGAACAUGAACAAACAAUGAAAUUAAUAGUUAUUGAUACUUAAUUUUCAUGAAAGAUGAAUUGCGCCUUUUAAACAAAUACAAUAGUGUAUCUUUUUCAAAGUA